AUGCCUCAGACUGCUGAGGACCACGUCAAGUUGCUGCUCUGCUGCAUCAAGCACUGCUAUGACCGCCACAUCGACUUCCAGGAAGUCUCCACGGAGCUUGGCCUGCCUUCCCGCGCCGCUGCGGCUAAGCGCUACACUCGGCUGCUGAAGGCUCAUGGUAUGGAUACUAUGGGAAUGACAAUUGGUCGCGCAGAAAAGCCCGCUGUUUCGUCCGCCGAUCGCACUACCCGCGGUCUCGAAGUCGACAGGGAGGGCCACAACUGGGACCAGCUCUUUUCCAAGGUUAAACACAUCAAUACCAGUCCCAUCAUGGGCUGUAGUUCUGCCAUAGGCCCACAACAUGUCACUAAUGAUCAGGGUGGCCAUCGAGAGGACGCACACUUCCACUCCCUUGGCAACAAAGAGGCACGCUAUAAGACCAAUAUGCAGUCCAUUGCAGAUGUCCAGAACGUUGCGAAGAAUCCUCCCACCAUAGUCAUCCCUGCCAAGGCCAUUCUUUCUCGCCAGCAUCGGGCCGUUAUCGUCAUUGAUGACGAGGAGGAUUCCGAUGCUACCAUUUGUUAUGGCAGCGACAUGUCGCCCAUGUCCCAUGUCUGA